CUUGGAAUUUGGGGGAAAUCUGGAAAUUUGGUAUUUGGGGGGAAAUCUGGAAAUUUUGGGGGAAAUUUGUGGGAAAAUUAGGAUUUUGGGGGGGAAAAUUUGGGAAUGGGGGGAAAAUCGAGGACUUUUGGGGGUGGGAUUGGAGGGAAAAUUGGGAAUUCUGGGGGGAAAAUUGGGAUUUUGGAUGAAAAUCUGGGAUUUUGAAGGGAAUUUUGGGGGGAAAUCUGGGAUUUUUGGGGGAAAAUUGGGAUUAUGGAGGGAGAUUUUUGGGAAAAUGUGGGAUUUUGAAGGGGAAAAUUGGGAUUUUGAAGGGAAUUUUGGAGGGAAAAUUGGGAUUUUGAAGGGAAUUCUGGGGGGAUUUUGGGGGGAUUUGGGAUUUUGAAGGGAAUUCUGGGGUUUUUGGUGGAAAUGUGGGAAUUUGGGGGGGAUUUUCCCGGAAUUUUGGAUUUUCCCAGCCCUGGGUGAUGGAAUUCAGCCUCGGGCGCCCCGAGCCAGGGGCGCAGCCUCCGCAGCGGCCCCGGCUCCCCCGGGGGCAGGAGAGUGGGGCCCAGCCUGGAGCGCUCCCUGAAGGAUCUGCAGCGCUGCUCCGUGGCCCUGGCGCGCUUCAGGGCCCUGCUCAGGGACGAGGUGGAGAGCUCCCUCAGGAGGGUCCGGGGGGCAUUUGGGGAGAUCCAGAGCUGCCUCAUGGACCGGGAGGUGGCUCUGCUGGCCGAGAUGGACAAAGUCAAGGCAGAAGCAAUGGAGCUGCUGUCCCUGCGGCAGCGGCGCGCCGAGGCGCUGCGCGCUCUGACCCGAGGCGGCCCCGGGGAUGUCGGAGGAGCAGCUGCAGGAGCUGAGAGCCGACAUCAAGCACUUUGUGAGCGAGCGCAAGUUCGAUGAGGAGCUGGGCCGGGCCGGGCGCUUCGGCUGCGACCUGGAGGCGCUGCGGCGGCAGCAUCGGCGCCUUCGGCCAGGUUUCCCACCCCAGGCCGAGCUAUUCCAGCCGCUCCCGCUGCAGCUCCGGGCCCGGGGCAACGGCAACGGGAACGGGAACGGGAUCAACAACGGGAUCAACAGUGGGAUCAGGAACGGGAUCAACAGUGGGAUCAGGAACGGGAUCGGCCCCGGGAUCGGCCCCGGGAUCGGCCCCCGGCGUUCCCGGCGGGAUCGGCCCCCGGAUCCCCCCUGGCACCCCCGGAAUUCCCCCCGGGAUCGGCCCCGGACCCCCCCGAGGGCAGCGCGGGCCCCAACGGAGCCACCCCCGAGCCCACAGCCCCCCCAGCGGAGCCGGAAGCCCCCGGGAGCAGCCGGACCCCGCCCCUCCCCCCAGCGCCCCCCGGGGACCCCCCAAAAACCCCGAGAGCCCCAAAAACCCCCAAACCCCCCCAAAACCCCCAAAAACCCCAAACCCCCCGAGACCCCCAGACCCCCCGGGGACCCCAAAAACCCCAAAUCCCCCCCAAACCCCAAAUCCCCCCCAAACCCCAAAUCCCCCCCAAACCCCAAAUCCCCCGGAGCCGCCCGGAGCCGCCCCGGCCCCCGCAGGAGCCGCCCCGAGGGGGCCAAUUCCUGAGACCCCCCCCAAAAUUUGGGGUCGGGAUUUGGGGUCCCAUCCCGGGGAACGUUUACAGCUCCCACUUGGUGCCAUUUCCCCCCUUUUUUCCCCCAAUUUUUCCCAUUUUUUUCCCCUUUUUUUCCCAAUUUUUCCUCUUUUUUUC